AUGACGCAGGGUAUUAUGUCUGGUGACUCGCGGAUCGUGUUGAUGCCAUACAACAAUCGCUGGCGCGCCCUUCGCAAGAUCAUGCACAACAUCCUCGCGGGACGUCAACAGGACAUAUUCAAACCGUUUCAGGAUCUGGAAUCAAAACAACUUCUUUGGGAUUAUCUCCAUCAGCCAGAUCGCUGGUGGUCGGCAAAUGGGAGCGUAUACAAACGAGAACUUGACCGAAUCAUUGAGCGAAUGGGUGCUGGGACUCAGCGAGACUGCUUUACGACACACUUUAUUCAAACCCCAGAAGCUGAGGAAAUGGAUGAGACUCAAAAACUCUUCACCCUCGGUUCGUUGAUAGAAGCAGGCAGCGAUACCUCUAGAGUCACAUUGGGGCAAAUCAUUGCUGCCGCCGCCAUUUACCCCGAUUGGGUCAAACGUGCUCGUGAGGAAUUAGAUGUCACUUGCGGUGAAAGAGCCGAGAGACUCCCACAAUGGGAAGAUCGAGACUCGCUGCCCUAUAUAAAAGCCGUCGUCAAGGAAGGCUUCAGAUGGAGACCGAAUAUCGCUGAAAUUGGAGCCCCAACAACAUUGAUUAAGGAUGAUGAAUACGAGGGAUACAGGUUUCCGGCAGGCACUGUUUUUGUCUGGAAUGCGUGGGCUAUUGCUCUGAGUCCCGCCGAGUACGAAGAUCCCGAAAGGUUCUGGCCGGAAAGAUUUCUGAAUGCUGACUUGGACAAUCCACUCAAAGGCCACUGGGCAUUCGGACCUGGGCGGCGUGUGUGCGUUGGAUGGAAGGUCGGAGAAAUGAACGUAUGGAUAGCAAUUGCUCGCAUGCUGUAUUGCUUUGACUUUAAGCAAAUCCCUGGUGAGGUCAUUGAUAGCAUGACCAUUCCACAGCUGUCACACGACAGAGCUCCCUUCUCGGUCAAGGUACAGGUGAGGAGUCCAGCGCAUGCAAAUUUAAUAAUGUCCGAUUGCGAGGCCGCAACGAAGGCCAUUUGA